AAAAUGUAAGCGAAAACUGGUAAGUAAAUGUUUGAGAACAGAUCCAUUGUGGGAGGUUGGAUAAGGGAGAGAGAUGGGACACGUAGUGAGGCUGCUGAUAAACCCUCCCUCUUCCUCGCCGCUUCUCCACCUCCGACGCCGGAGUCUCGACCCUAACUAUGUCUUCUCUCUGCGAACCUCAAUUACCAAAAGCAAGGGAAGAGUCUCUUGUCUCUUCUCCGGCAACCAGAGGGAGGAGCAAGCUCGUAAAGCAUUGGAGAGCGCUCUUGGUGGGAAGAAAAAUGAGUUCGAGAAGUGGGACAAAGAGAUCAAGAAAAGGGAAGAAUCCGGUGGCGGAAAUGGUGGGAAUGGAGGAGGAGGAGGAGGAGGAGGCUGGUUCGGAGGUGGCGGUUGGUUCAGUGGCGAUCAUUUCUGGAAAGAAGCACAACAGAUUACAAUCACCCUCUUAGCUAUACUUCUCGUGUAUAUGUUGGUUGCGAAAGGUGAAGUAAUGGCUGCAUUUGUGUUAAACCCGUUGUUGUAUGCUCUGCGAGGAACACGAGAAGGUUUGACAUCACUAAGCUCUACACUCAUGGGAAGAAAAGCUUCGAAAGUGAAUGGUGAUAACUUAGAGGAGAUGUGGAAGAAGGAAGGUUUCAGUAAUGUCUCUGCUAAAGAGAGCGUUGUCCGGAAAUGGGGAAGUGACUGAAACAAUAUUCUUAUUAGUUUUUUUUCCCUUUCUAAAAAACAUCAGUAAUCAGGAUAAGAUCAAAUGCAAUCGACCUUUUCAGUUUUGUAAUGAAGGAUAGGAUGUGUAUUCUUUUGUGAAACAAAAAGAGUAACUUUAUCAUCUUUGAUUAAGCCUUUGUAGACAACAAGAGCAGUAACUUAUAUUUUUUCGAUUA